AUGUCUCCCAGAACCAGCAACGAGCCCGAGAGGGUUUCUCUCACUCAGUCCAGACAGACCUCCAUGGUUUCAGGAUUACCAAAUAUGGCCUCAAGAACUUUCCAGGAUGAUGACUUGUCAAGCCAAGACACUUCGUCUUUGUGCUCUCUCCAUACAGCCCAUGGAAAUCCCCAGGAUAUGAAAGACUGGAGCUUGAACACUUCAGACUCUCUCGAACAGGCCAUGUCUUCCAAGGAAUCUCCCCAGGUGCAAAUGCUUUCUUUCUCGCUGUCUCAACAGCUGAUGACCCCCACGGUCGGACCCAGUGAUGUGAUGUACACAGGCGUGGACUUCCCAGCAGUCUCAGACCUGCAUGAUCAUGAAAUGCCGCGGGACUUUUACUCCUUCGUGGACCUCUCUUCCAUGGAUAAUGAUAUCUGCGUGCAAACGAGCACUCCAGAUGAUGCUCUGUCUGUUGCGCACAGUUCCCACACUGAGGAUGGCCAAUUGAUUGCCAGUCACGAAUCAUGGAAUGCUAUGAUGGCUGAUGGCCAAUACCCAGGAACUACCCUGGAUCACCUCUCGUCUAACCUUUUCCAGACCAUGCCGGUCUCUCCACCCCUGACGGAAGCCAGUAAUGAUAUUCCCAUCACCUCUGCUUGCUCCCACUCUGGGUUCCCUUCUUUCUUGGCCCAUGAUGACACUAUUCUCGGAGACUACAAUUCAUCACCCCUUGGCAACCACAUUAUCAAUCCGGCGGAGCCCCUGUUCCCAAACACAACGCCUCUGAGCGAGAAAGAUCCAAACAGGACCAUCCGGCCCUCCACGCAGUCUCGCCGUGGAACAUUGCCCACUUCCCAGUCCCAGGUCAAGUCCGAGUCCGAGUUCUUCCCUCAGGUAAAGACCGAGCCGGAUUUCUUCCCUCCUCUGCCAGUGAGAGAGCCAGCCCGCCAGAGAUCCAAGGAUAGUGCCGAUGCCCGCAACCCGCGAGAUCACCACUUCUACCAUCUGGCCCCCAGAAUGAUGGAAAGUACCACUGCCCGUAUUCUGUUGGAGAGAAACCGUGCACCCACACGCCCACCACCCAAAAAUGCGCUUACCAGCAAUAAAUACCUGGACUCCCACCUGAAGCCCUACCGGUGCAAACACGCCUCCUGCGUGGACAACAUGCUGCGUUUCUCCUCGAACGCAUGCCUGUUCCGUCACGAGCGCGAAGCCCAUGGAAUGCAUGGCCACGGAGAAUGCCCCCACCUGUGCCUGUUCGAGGGAUGUGAGCGAUCCGUUCCUGGAUUUGGAUUCCCACGUAGAUGGAACCUGCACGACCACAUGAAGCGUGUCCACGACUACGUUUCCUGCGAACGCCCUGUUUCCCAGCCCAGUUCCCAGCCCAGCUCGCCUGAGACUUCCCCCGGCAUCCCGCCCAAGAAGAAGGAGGCUUCUACCUCAUCCAACCGCAAGAGGAGAGGGGUUACGGGUGCCACCCCGGCCCCGACUAUGAAGCGUACACGAUCUGUGCACUCCCAGGCUGGUUCCGGCAAGGCUUCCCAGAGCUCUGCUCAGAAUGGCCAGCGUCUCCAGAACGCCGAGCGGAACUAUUACAAGUGCCGGGCUCGUCUGGUUGAUGAACUCGCCAGGAUUACCCCGCAGGAUACCUCCAUGCACGAGAAGGUCAAUGCCAGUAUGCAGGAAUUGUACACCCUGGGCCUGCAGUACCGCCACCUCGAGGCCGGCCACGCCGUUUCCAAGGUGCCAAAUGGACUCCCCGCGUGA